AUGCCUACAUUAAAUCAAUUGAUUCGUCAUGGUAGAGAAGAAAAACGGCGCACGGACCGUACUCGAGCUUCGGAUCAAUGUCCCCAGAAGCAAGGAGUACGCCCGCGUGUACCAACGAGAACACCGAAAAAACCUAAUUCAGCUCCACGUAAGAUAGCCAAAGUACGGUUGAGCAAUCGACAUGAUAUAUUUGCUCACAUUCCGGGCGAAGGUCAUAAUUCGCAGGAACAUUCUAUAGUCUUAAUAAGAGGAGGUAGAGUGAAAGAUUCGCCAGGUGUGAAAUCCCAUUGUAUUCGAGGAGUCAAGGAUUUGUUGGGAAUUCCGGAUCGAAGAAAAGGGAGAUCAAAAUAUGGUGCAGAAAAACCAAAAUCGAUAUGAAUGGAAGAUGCCUCUGUAACUCUUUUUUCUCCAAUUUUCAGUACGAAGUUACUGGCUCUAAGAAGGCAAUUGCACCUUAGCCCAUGGACUGAUACGGAGACUACUCUACAGGGGAAAUCUCUUACUCGGCUAGAGCGGAUCCCGAGACUUCACCCGUUCCUUUAAACUGUUGGGCACUACAUUCUAUAACGAGAAUCACAAGGCCGGUCAACAAGGAACAACCUGGCAGAGUGUCCUGAGAUAACAAGGCUAAAGUGAGAACGCCCAGUGACGAGAGUGGCGACAUACGAGGAUCUAACCUCGACCAACGAGAGCGUAGCUGCUCGACCUCAGACAUAGGGAUUCUCGGACCGGAACAAUGGGAUUCGCUCGACAAGACUGAAACCUUCGCUUGCACCACUAGAGUCGUUCCGGCACUUUUAGUUGUUACCUUUAGUAGUGUAAACAACAUCCCUGAAACUAGCGCAUGCGAUAUCCCUCGGUGUCUUUAUGGUAACCAGCAUGCGUUAGGGAAACAGUAUAGUAAGACGAAGGCGAUCCCAGCAACGCAACUCAGGCAAGCGACUAAAGCAAGCCGAAGGCGAUCCCCAUAACUACAGGUGCUGGGGAUCGUUUGGCAUAAC